UCCCUUCUCCUCCUCCCCUCCCCUCUGCCUCUCUCGUCCUCUCUCCUCCCUGUCCUUCCUCCUCCUCUCCCAGGCUGUCAUCUGCCAGUCUCCUUGUGCAGACUGUUGCACAUAAAUAGUUAAAUCAGUCACUGUCCAUUACCAUCAACACGUGUUUGAAAAUAUGUACAACACAAUUAAAACCACCUUAAAACAAUUAGAACAUGUAGAGGAUCAUUCUUCACUAAAAGAAUGGAAGUGCUGACAAAAACAAAAUUAUCCUGGAUUUGUUUCUUUGUGGCUCACACACACACUGUGCCCAACUCUAACCCCGAAAAAGGGAACUGCAAGGCUAUUUUUACAUUUAGUUGUUGUAAAGAAUCGUCAUUCAUAUUACGUACAUAUUAGUAAAAAAAUCAAUACAUGCCCUAUCUCAAAUUAACUAUAUACAAUGUUAUGAAACAGACGCAUACAAGGCAACAUGUUUUUUAGAUAUUUUUUCUAGACUGCUGAAUUGAAUGAGUGCAAUAGAAUUUAAUUCAUCUUAUCAACUUCAAGACAAUUUUGCCAACAACAACUAUAUACUUGUUAACUCAUACAGAUCAUGUUGGAACAUUUCUGCGAUAAAAUGCCUGCUACACAACCUGUACUUAUUGGCUUGUACAUUGCACUGAAUCUCAUUGAGAUAUUUGUCGAUAGGCCUAACAUCAGGGUCCAUGUUUAUUACCUAUCUCUUGGCUAGUCGAAUUUCCAUUGGAAAAGGAAACAGUUUUACUUUCUGCUGAUCUGAUCCUCUGUUUUGUGUGUGAUGACGAUGUCCUACACAGCCAAAUGCUCAAUAGUGGGGCAUCAUCUAAAUAUAUAUGCGAGUUGAGAAAGACAAAAAAGGAUUAAUGUUGUUUGCCGUCCAAGUUUCUCUUUUUGCUUACAGUGACUAGUGAGCAGGAAGGGACAACCUUACGUCUCAGUUCGAAUGAACUCUCAUUCUCACCCAUGGCGAGACCAGAGCUGUGAAAAUCAACCUGGAAAGACUGCAGUUAAUUUUUCAAAAUGUUCCGACUGGCAGUAGCACCCUUUUGGGUUCACUGCCCUCGAGUCAGAGCCUGUCUGUCAGGCAGCAGGAGCUACGCUGUGUCCGGCGGUGGAAAUGAAAGGGCCGAGAACAAACUCACAGUGAACUCUCUGUACAGUUUGUCAGUAGAUAUUAGAAAAAUCCGCAAGCUGAAAGGCUGGGUCCUUCUACAAGACAUUGCCUACGUCGAUGAAACUGCUUCUGUUUUAAAAGAGCUGGGCGCUGAAGCCACUCUAAUAGCUACAGUGCUGGAACAGUGCCCAGAGGCUGUGCUGUGCACCCCAGCAGAAGUCCGGGCCCAGAGAGAGCUGUGGAUGUCAGUGUGUCCCACAGAGAAGGAGCUGCUGAGGAUCAUAGAGAAGUUCCCCCACUCAUUUUUCACUGCCAGUCAGCACAUCAACCAGAAGGCAAACAUACAGUUCUUCCAAAGAUUAAAGAUCAACAAGAGGACCAUCAUAAAACUGAUGGCGAGUGCAUCUCAGAGCUUCAGCAACCCAGUGGAGCAGAAUGAGCAGAUGAUCAGCACUUUGCAGGACAUGUAUCGGAGCCUCGGAGGAAAGGAAGGCAAUCUGCAAAUUUGGUUACAGAAACUUUUGACCCAAAACCCAUUUAUUUUAAUGAAGGCCCCUGAGACCUUAAAGGAGAACCUGAAGUUCCUUCAGAAAAAGGGAUUUUCCAGUGAAGAACUCCUUUUGCUUUUGUCUAAACUAAGAGGAUUUAUUGCUGAGCUUUCUCCUUGCAGAAUGGAAGAGACCCUGACAUGCUCCAAGGCAGUGCUGCGCUGCACCGAGUGGGAGCUGAAAGAGAUUGUCUUAAAAUGCCCAGCUCUCCUCUACUACUCUGUCCCGGUUCUGUCUGAUCGCUUACAAGGUCUUUUAAGCAGAGGCAUCAGUGUGGACCAAAUAAAAGAAUCUCCAUCAGUAUUAGAGUUGACUACACAGAUAGUACAGUAUCGUAUUCAGAAACUCAGUGCAUCAGGUUAUGAUAUAAAAAAGGGCAGCCUUGAGCCUCUUAAUGGGACAAACAAAGAUUUUGAGCUAAGUUACGAGAAGUUACACCUGCGAAAGCAGCGGCCACUUUUUAAUCCAGUUGCUCCCUUGACAAUAGAGGAAUAAUUACAGUAGUGUUGGGUGGUGAAUUUGACAAAAUCCUUGACAUUUUAUUCAAAGACAUACAUGUAUUCAUUGUUUUAUUUAAAAUUUGAUUAGGCUAUAAAACACUGAAACAGUAUGUUAAAGAUUCAGUUAAAUGCUACAUUUUAUAUACCUUAUAUCCACCCAGGGUGUGAAGGACAUAGGACACACUAUGGUCUCAAGCAAGGAGAAGAUAUGUGGCCAUCACAUUCUUUUCCAAGUCUUGAUCAUGGUACAAUGCUGACACAAGCACAAAAGUCAUUUAUAUUAUAGAUAUUGUAGAUUAUAGAUUUAUAUUUAUUAUUAUAGAUAAUACAGUACUGUAGUCUGUGGUGAACUGCCAUCUCAUCCGAUGUGUAGUCCAGCCCUGCAUCCUGUGCCUGCUGGUUCAGGCACCAGAGGAUGGAUAAUACCUGUAAUAGGAGUUUAUUGCAGAUACUUAGCUGUAUGCUAUCGUCUCUGGAAAACAAUAUCGUAUUGUUUUUUUCAGAUUUAGACACUGCCCUUUCUAGUUCUGGUACUGCUACUGAUGAUAGCAAUCAUGAUAAUAACGUUUGAGGGUUGAACAUUUCCUAUUCUUUCCCUUGGGGCUCAAGUCUGAUUCACCAGUCGGUCCUAGUCGGCUCUGCAGGGUGUCUGCAACAAAGCAGAUAAUUCCAUCAAAAUUCCUUCUUGUCAGUGAUGGGGAGAUGCACCAUAAAGAGGGCAGGUUUCUCUGGGACAGGUUGACAUGGGGAUGGCCUCUUGGUUUUAGAUCUGGACUGUGUAAAUCUUUACUUGUUGUUCAGAUCAAAACCUUUACUGCAUAAUGCCUUGUGAAAUAAUCAUUUACAAGGAUUUCUCAGUGCUUGAGCAGAACUUUUCACCUUUAAAUCUCUGAUUUGGUAACACAGAGGAAAUAGGAAGAUUGGGCACCAAUCUUUUUUCUAAGAAAGACUAUAAUUUACUUACAGUAUCUCAGUGAAAGCCUAAGAAAACUUUUUUUUAAAUAAUGAAACAGGUUUUUCACAAUUUUAUUGAAAACAUCCUUAUCAAGAAAAUGUUAUCACAUUUCUGUUAUCACAGAGCUCUCUAGAUGCCUUCUGUAUAUUUUUACAGGGUAAUGAUAUAUUAAAAAGAAUGCAUGUCUACAAAUUGUGUUUUUGUCUAUAAAUUGCAGAGGACCUAUUCUAAGAAUAGUAGCCUUCUGCAGUACUGUUUGCACACAGCAUUGUGCUUAACAUAAAGGCAGCAAAUCCAAUA